AUGACGAAAGAUGUCGGACCCUCAGUGACAACAGAUAUACCACCUGCCUGUGACAUUCUGUUGGAUCGUGGAAGUUCCGCGCUGGCUUUCUCAGAGCCAGUGCUAUCGACACACUCCGCGAAAACAAUCCCGUGUCCUGCAGGGUUAAAUCACCUAGACCCUAUUCCUCCUGACAUGCGAGGAGAUGAUCUACCGGACGCUGUUCCUAAUUCCAAAGAAAUGGAGACUUCUCAACUCUCUUGCACACCCUGUGUGACCCCAUCCGUGCCUGCACCGAACAAGUGA